UUUUUUUUCAAGUGUCAUUGGGAAAAAAAAAUAAUAAUAAACCAGACAUAGAUCUAUAGGGAGCUGUCAAGAGGAGUUACAGAAAGAUAGGAGCAUCAGGGGAGACACGUAAAAAAAAAAAGAGAGAAGUGGUUGGAAGAAUUUGCUGCUCAGUUGUAUCUUCAUCAUCAUCACCAUCAUCAUCUUCCUCCUCCUCUCCUGCCACCAUCCCUCAUUCAGCGCCUUGACAUGACUGUGCCUCUGAUUGACAUCUGAAGUGGCGGAGGGCCAUGAGAGUCACCAGCUUGGGUACAUGUGGCUCUGCCCAGGGCCGACACUAACUCCUAUACCUGGAAGACUUUAGAAUAUAUUACCGCUACCAUUGGCGAAGAAGAAGAAAUAAAACAAAAACAAAAUAAUUAUUUUUAUUUAUUUUUUUUAUUUUUAUUUUUUAAAGAGAAUUUGCAUCCCAAGCCUGGCAUUUUUGUACAGCAUGGUUAUGUGAUUGUGUUUUCUCGUCUUGGUGCCGAUUCCUGGAUUGCAGAAAGAAAAGCAAACAUUUUGUUUAUCAUCCCCCCCACACCCUUGGCCCCCUCUCCUUUCCCACCACCCCAGGACACGGACAGCCUGCGAUACUGGGACGAGGGCUGAGGAUACACUAUAGGGCGAAAGGAGUGGAGUUUUUGAUGGCGCAAAGGUACGAUGAGUUACCGCAUUAUGCCAUGGACGGAGUGGGGGUGCCAACUUCAAUGUAUGGUGACCCACAUGCCCCUCGACCUAUUCCACCGGUACAUCACUUAAACCACGGACCCCCCUUACACGCCAGCCAGCACUAUGGAACUCAUGCCCCGCAUCCCAAUGUCAUGCCCAGCAGCAUGGGAUCUGCUGUCAACGAUGCUCUAAAACGGGACAAAGAUGCGAUCUAUGGGCACCCCCUUUUCCCUCUUCUAGCUCUGGUGUUUGAGAAAUGUGAACUGGCGACGUGCACCCCACGGGAGCCCGGAGUUGCGGGUGGGGAUGUGUGCUCCUCGGAUUCCUUUAAUGAAGACAUCGCUGUGUUCGCAAAACAGGUCCGAGCUGAGAAGCCUCUUUUUUCCUCUAACCCCGAGCUGGACAACUUGAUGAUCCAGGCUAUCCAGGUCCUGCGAUUUCACCUCCUGGAAUUAGAAAAGGUCCAUGAACUGUGUGACAAUUUCUGCCAUCGAUACAUCAGCUGUUUGAAAGGGAAAAUGCCCAUAGAUUUAGUGAUUGAUGAGAGGGACGGGAGCUCCAAGUCUGACCACGAAGAACUCUCCGGAUCGUCCACGAAUCUCGCCGACCACAACCCUGCCUCAUGGAGAGAUCACGAUGACGCAGUAUCGACGCAUUCUGCUGGAACGCCGGGACCCUCCAGUGGUGGGCAUGCUUCACAAAGUGGUGACAACAGCAGUGAGCAAGGGGAUGUGUUAGAUAACAGUGUGGCUUCUCCCGGCACAGGAGACGAUGAUGACCCAGACAAGGACAAAAAGAGACAAAAGAAAAGAGGCAUAUUCCCCAAAGUAGCGACAAAUAUUAUGCGGGCGUGGCUCUUCCAGCAUCUGACGCAUCCAUACCCCUCAGAGGAACAAAAGAAACAGUUAGCACAAGACACAGGACUGACUAUACUGCAAGUAAAUAACUGGUUCAUUAACGCCAGAAGACGGAUAGUCCAGCCAAUGAUCGACCAGUCUAAUCGAGCAGGUUUUCUUCUUGAUCCUUCAGUGAGCCAAGGAGCAGCAUAUAGUCCAGAGGGACAGCCAAUGGGGAGCUUUGUGUUGGAUGGACAGCAACACAUGGGAAUCCGACCCGCGGGGCCUAUGAGUGGAAUGGGCAUGAAUAUGGGCAUGGACGGCCAGUGGCACUAUAUGUAACCAUCAUCUUGCAGAGCAAUCGCAAACAAGGGGAAGUCUGCAGUCCAUCCCAGGGGACUGUCUUUCUCAGGGUGGUCCUAUGAGUAUCAGUUUGGUACAACCAGCUAACACUUUUCCACAGUUGACAUUACGUCCUCCCUGAAGACAAGGACCACCAGUGCCCUACAUCUGCCGGGUCACCUCACCAUGAGCCAUGUAGACACAUGGAGGAUCUGUUCUAGCAGGGAUGGUCCUGUAUGCACAACCACCCCAUUAUUGUAAAUCCCAGCUCUUGGAGUCUCAUCCUGCCCGUGAACCCCAUCAGUUAUAAGGAACCUCAAGGGAAAAAAGAGGGAUUAUAUUAAGACUUUUGAACUUUGGUCAGUUUUAAAAUUCCAGACAGCUGUGAGUUUUUUUCUUUCUUUUUUAAAAUAUUUUUGUCAAUUUUUUUUUCCAUCAUCAACAAAGGACCAAUGAAACAAGACAAGUACAUAAAUGUGAAGUCAUGGGUUCACUUUAAUGCCCAUUCAAAAACAAGUCUCCUCUGGGAGCAGAAAGACUCAGAGAUAUAACUACUGUAGGAUAAAACAUAGGAACUAAGUUAACUUGUACAUUUCUGUUGAUUUAAAUAGUUUUAGAAGAGACAAAAAGAGAUAUCCUUGUUUUUUCCACACUAUGUGUGUUGUUCCCAAAUGAAUGACUUGGCUCAGCCAGAAACCCCCCUCUCCAUGGAACACUACAGAAUAUUUUUACCUGUGACCAGCACAGAGAAAGGUCUGGACAAGAUCCAGUGGGAUGACUUGGAAGAGUGUCUGUCUGCCUGUCCCUCAGCACUACAGGACAAUAUGAUUGGGGCAGUUGUACAGACAUUACAAGGACAAGCAGAGACACCCAUCUUGUGUCUCCAUUAUGUGGACAUCCCCUUAUAUGGGAAAAGGAGGGGGGGGGCUUCCUGCAAUCUGGUCUUUGUACCAAAUGACAGACUGAACUUAACUGUAAACUCAAAGAUUGGAGAACGAGUGUGCGUGGGGAAGUGAGCAUUUGUUUGAGUGUGUGUGUGUGCGCCAGAGAGUGAGGGAGAGUGUGAGUGAGUGAAAGGAAAGAAGACAAUACUGUAACAAAAUUUGUUCAGAGUUCGUUCUAUUAAUGUUUCAUGUUAGAUAUUCUAUGUGUUACCUCAAUUGAAAAAAAAAAAAAAGAAUGUUCUCCUAGUAAAACCUGCUGUGGGAUUGGUAUUGUAUGUCCAUGGAUAAUUUCUUUCUCAGCACGUGUUCCUCAUUAGAGAAAAAUGCUGUUACCUUUAAGCUUUGUCAAAUUUACAUUAAAAUACUUGUAUGAGGACUGUGAGUUUAUGUUUAAAGAAAAAAAGGUGUUACAAAAUGCGGUAAUAAAUAUUUCAUUUUGGAUUUUU